AGCUUUAUUAGUACUACCACCACUAGAAUCAGAUAUAUAUGCUUGGAAUUUUAUUGGGCACAAAACGCAACAGAGAAAACAGAUUGUGUGUGAAUUGAGAGCAUGCAUAGUCUCUUUAGUACCAUAUGGCAGCAAACUGAGCCAUACAGGCAAAUGAUCUCUACCACUGCAGCGACAUGGUGGCCACAGCCAUUAAAGAAAUGGCCUAUCACUAACGCUGCUAUCAUCUUCUUCUUCUUCUUCUUCGUCCUCCUCAUCACCGCGCUCCUAUCUUCUUCUUGGAUCAACUCUGUCAAUUCCACCUAAGGUGUAACUACUUUUGCAGUCUACCUUUUCGUUUGCUAAAGCGAAAAAAGAAGCUGAAAUUAUCCCAAAAGAGGAUAGAGAAGUCCCAAAGAGAGUUGAAAUCCCACUCAAAUGCUCAAUUGGAAACCAGACUCAAACAUGUCCAGGAAAUUAUCCAACAACAAUGUUUGAAACUGAUAUUAAUCAGACAACAUGCCCGGAUUUUUUACGUUGGAUACACGAAGAUUUACGACCAUUUAAGGCGACGGGGAUCACGAGAGAGAUGGUGGAGAGAGCGAAGAGGACGGCUCAUUUUAGGGUGGCGAUAGUGAAAGGAAAGGUUUAUGUAGAGAAGUACAAGAAAUCAAUACAGACUAGAGGUGAGUUUACAUUAUGGGGGAUUUUGCAGCUCCUAAGGAGGUAUCCGGGGAGGUUGCCAGACUUGGAGUUGAUGUUUGACUGCAAUGAUCGACCGGUUGUCCGAUCGCGCGACUACCCUGGUGGACCUAAUGCCACUGCCCCACCACCGUUGUUUCGGUAUUGUGGUGACCGGUGGACGAUGGACAUUGUCUUCCCUGAUUGGUCCUUUUGGGGUUGGGCUGAAAUAAACAUAAAACCAUGGGAGAGUAUUUUGAAGGAGAUAAAAGAAGGCAACAAGAGGAUCAAAUGGAUGGAGAGGGAACCAUUUGCUUACUGGAAGGGAAAUCCUUUUGUAGCCGGAACCAGGAGAGACCUCUUGAAAUGCAAUGUCUCUGACAAAUACGAUUGGAAUGCUCGCCUCUUCGUUCAGGAUUGGAAUCUUGAAUCUAAACAAGGAUUUAAGAAAUCAGACCCAGCAAGCCAAUGCACUUACAGAUACAAGAUUUAUAUAGAGGGAUGGGCAUGGUCAGUAAGUGAGAAGUAUAUACUAGCAUGUGAUUCAGCUACAUUGCUUGUGAGGUCCCGUUACUAUGAUUUUUUCAUCAGAGGUCUACAGCCACUUCAACAUUACUGGCCUAUUAGGGAUGAUGACAAAUGCAGAUCUCUAAAAUUUGCAGUUGACUGGGCCAACAAUCACACACAAAAGGCUCAAGCCAUUGGAAAAGCAGCUAGUGACUUCAUUCAACAAGACCUCAACAUGGACUAUGUGUAUGAUUACAUGUUUCAUUUGUUAAAUGAAUACUCCAAACUCUUAACAUUCAAACCUGAAAUACCCAAAGGAGCUGUUGAAUUUUGCUCAGAGACAAUGGCUUGCAAUGCACAAGGAUUGGAGAAGAAGUUCAUGAUGGAGUCUUUGGUGAAGGGUCCUUCUAUUACAAGCCCUUGCACAUUGCCUCCCCCCUAUGAACCUCAUGUUCUUGAUGCCUUUGUUAAGAAAAACCUUAAAUCAAUGAAACAAGUGGAGACUUGGGAGAAAAUGUAUUGGGAUAGUCUUAACAAAGAACCAUAGAGACAUGUUGAGGAUUAAUAAGUAUAGAUUAAAUUAUACUAUGCAUUAUAGUAUUAUACAUACAUAUAAUACUAACGAAAACGUAAUUUGAUCCAACAGUAUAUCAUUUGUAAGUUUGAAUUACGAAUAUAGUCUCUUCAAGCACUAUUGUAAUGAGACUCAUGUUUACUGAAGUGCCUAUUACACCAUUUUGUGUAUAUUUACUUGAA